CUGCUGAGGUCUCCCUGGGUGAUGAAGAGGAGCAGGAUGCACUGGUGGUUGGUCACUGUCCUGGGGGUGCUGAGCAGACCUGCCCAGGAGAGCUGCAGUGCCCCGGAGCAGGGGACAGCGGGAUGCCCGCCCGGAGAGGAGCCCAGCGGGGAUCCAGCGGGGACGUGCCGAGCUUGUCCCCCCGGCACCUUCUCCCUGGGGAACGCGUCCUGCGCCGCUCACACCCAGUGCCGGGCAGGGAACAGGGUCCUGGUGACAGCGGGGACCGCGGCGAGCGACAGCCGGUGCGGAGCCUGCCUGCCGGGGUUUCACAGCCCUGGAGGGGAGAGGGAGCCCCGGGGCCGGUGCCUGCCCUGCGCCGCCGCUCCCCGCAGCACCCCGGGGUGCCCAGGCCGGCGGCGAGCCCGCAGCCCCGAAAUGCCGGGCAGGGCACCGGGAGCCAACGGGACACGAGUGACCCUGCUGGGUGAGGAAGAGGAGGAGGCAGCAGCAGCACAGGCAGCCGUGCUGACCGUCGUCCCGGUCUUCUGUGCCAUGGGAUUGCUGGGAAUCCUGGUCUGCAACCUGCUGAAGAAGAAGGGUUAUCACUGCACUGCCAGCAAGGAGCCCCAGCCCGGCGGCACCGGUCCCAGCUCCAUCUACCAGCUGGAGGAUGCCAACGAGGACACCAUUGGGGUGCUGGUGCGGCUGAUCACCGAGAAGAAAGAAAAUGCAGCGGCACUGGAGGAGCUGCUGAAGGAGCAUCAGAGGCAACAGCUGAUGCCACCGAGCUGUGCCCCCCUCAAUAAGCUGCACCUCCUGCCUCAGUUUCCCCCCACCUGCCACCACCAGCAGCACCUGCACACGGUGCAGGGACCGGCCCCGUGUGCCCGCUGUAGCCAGAAGUGGCCCGAGGUGCUGCCAUCGCUCAGUGCCACCAAAGUCCCCAAACCCGGAGCUCAUCCCAGCGAGGUGACCAUCCUCUCCAUUGGCAGGUUUCGGGUGUCCCGGAUCCCUGAGGUGAGGAGCGAGGCGGGGGCUGAGCCCUUCCGUGGUCCCCUCCCCGCCGGCAGCGGGAUGUGA